UGGUGACAUGCACAUCAUCAGCAUGCUUCUCUUGCCCGUGCUGCUCCUGCUCUCUGGUGUGGAAUCCAUUCCCACCUUUGCGCACCGAGACUCUUUCACCGGGGAAGCCCUCGUCUGUGACAAGUGUUCACCCGGCAUGCACAUGACCAAGUACUGCACCGCCACCACGCCCACUGUGUGCGCGCCGUGCAGAAGCAACCAAUUCACGGAGUUUUGGAACUACCUGCCCAAGUGUCUCUACUGCAGCAACUUAUGCACAGAGAACCAGGAGGUGGAGACAGAGUGCACGGCGACCAGCAACCGGGUAUGUCGGUGCAAAGACGGCUUCUUUGGCUUCUUUGACUCCUGCAUGAGACACAAAGAGUGCGGACCCGGACACGGUGUUCAAACAAAAGGUACUUCACAAACGAACACUGUUUGUGAAAGGUGUUCCGAUGGCUACUUCUCAUCGUCUGCGCUGGAAUCGUGCGUAAAACACCAGAAAUGCGCAAGCGGACAGAUUGCCCUUCUCCCCGGCUCAAUCAACCAGGAUAAAAUGUGUGGCUCCUGCGAGGAUCUUACAAAUAGUAGUGAGACGCUAGGAACAUUCUUCUCAGGAUUCUUCAGUAUGCACAAGAUACGUGUUAUAAAAAUGAAGAGAUUUAUUGCCAGGUACAUUCAUAAGUCAGAGGAGGGGACUCUCCCCAAACAGAGGGGUCCUCUCAUGGAUCAGAUCAAAGCGUGGCUGGCUCAGGCUCCGGAGGAGGAGCUGAAAGCACUGCCAAAGAUGCUGAAGGCUUCACAGCUCUGCUCCUUGGCAGAAAAACUUGAGACAAUAUUCAAAGAGAUUAAGCAGCAGAGUCCAAACUGUACCUUAACACUCUUAGAUGUUUAGAUAACAGAGUCCAUGGUACACACAGCAUGGCAUUACCAAUAUACCUCUGUCUCUUAUAUGCCAUUUGUGUCCAUUUGAUAACAGGUAUUUCAACAUAUUUUUUAAAUUGCAUGUUAAUUAGGAGUGCAUGCAUUGCCUGAGCCUCCAUAUACUGUUUAUGGUUGCCUCAAAGGUUGACCUAUCCCUCAUACCGUACCGAUGUCAUUGUUGCUACUCCUAGCAGCAGUGACAUGCAACUAGCAACAUUGGGCACCUUUACAGACAAUGAUGAUGGCCAAUUUCCCCUGAGCUGUGUUACUUAAAUUACCAAAAUGUUGGCUACAGUAGAAUGUGGAUACUUAGUCUUGCUUUAAAAACUUAGGUCAAACUAUUUACUUCAGGGUUAUAAGGAGUAAGACAUUAUUAACUGUCGAGUGUAAACUUGAGAGAAACUCCACAAGUAAAAUAUGCAAAUACUGUACUGAACAUCACAUUGUUGCAUUACUCAAAUGCUACAUUAGCACAUCAUAGAAACUUGUAUUGAUAUGAAAGUAAGCUAUAACUGAACAUUUGUUUAAUGAAAAUGUUGUGAAAAUGUAUGAAGUUCUGUUAAAUUGUGCGAUAUCAAACUGUAAACGUUUAUAUGUCACUUGCAGCAGCUAAAUAAAGU